GCACACUACCCACGAUGCCCCCAAAGGCAGCCCACACGGCCCAAAAGCCCACUGAUAAGCGUGCUCGCGCUUGGGCAAAGCUCGUGGCGGACCAGGAGCAAGUCAACAAGAUCAUCGCGGGCGCCAAGUUGUCCAAGUUCUUCGACCCUGGUGCCCCAGGGACUGUGCGCUAUCGGAAAAGGAUUGAAGGAGAUUUUGAAGCGUUUGUUAAGGAGGUCCACAAUCUACAUGAGCGGCAGGACAUCUGGAAUUCGUCGACGUUUCUUGACUUUUCCAAGCAAUACAUGGCCGGCUACGCUGCUAUUUCCAAAGGACUCUUUGGAGCUAAGGUCAAGGCUUCGACGUUGUGGCGCGCAAAGUUUGCACUGUACUUUUGGGCCGUCCGGCACAUCGACGACUUCGCUACAAUCUUCCCAGCCUGGCAUUCAGAACUAUCCGCUCACAUUGCACAAACAGCUCUGGAGUAUGACUUGAGCACAAUGAAACAUGAGAAGAACAACUUGGGCGAGAUCGAGAUCUCUCUCAUCUUCAAAGAGAUCAUGAAGCUCAAGACCGGGCUUCUCAACGCCAAGCAGCAUUACACGGCAAUCCUGCUUGCGUGGACAACAUCCGCCAGACCAGGUUCGUUCACGAUUGCGCGCGGUUAUGAAAAGGGAGCUCCAACUGGCGUGGAAGGUGUUACGCGUUCAACUGACGAGACGCUGUACUGGAAAGAUGUCCAGUUUGUACGCAUGGAAGAUGGCAUUGCAGCUCGCGUGACAUUGCACUACACGAAGGGAUAUCGCAAUCCGCACGCAGCAGAUCAACUAGUAGACCCAUCUCGCACAUUCACCUUUGUCCCAACCCGAGGAACUCGGUUUGAAUUCGACUUGAGCCUGAUCCUCUUUGGUCUGGCGUACAACAGGGGCCUGUUCACGCAGACCUUGGACCAGAUUCUCGAAGGUGACGAGAUGUUCAUUCCUACUCGCCCAGAGGUUGCAGCGCAGCCCGUCUUUGUCGCAGCCAACCAAGCCGGUAGUAUUGUGCCCAACAAGGGAAUGACCCCAGAAGCCCUAAACGACAAGCUGAAGGAGCUAUGCCGCAGGAUUGGUCUGCUGAAGCGGAAUACCUACUAUUCCCUGCGGCGGACCGCCAUUAUCGAAACCCGCAGGACGCAUGGCGAAGCCGCUGCUCGGAAUCUAGCAUUCCAUGUCCCUGAUAGCGGUAGUUUGUUCGCGUAUGACAAUGUUGGUUUUGGAGACGAAGACAUGACCGCCUUCCGUCUAGGUGAGGAAAAUGGCAUGACUCGCAAGGAGAUCGGGGAGUACUUUUCACAGGCACGAAUUGCCCGUAUUGUCCCUGAUGCGUCUGGUUCUCUCAAAGACCUCCCCGCUAUGCUCACUGAGACCGCCAAAGCGAAGCUCCCAGGAGAUCCCGAGUACAUUGCCAUGGAGAAGGAACUGAAGAACCUGUAUGACAGGAUCUUUCAGGAGUUGAAGAGCCGUCAGGAAAGCGGGCAAAUUCCAGACGAUGUCGCCAUCCCGUGGGGAUACUCCGGCCAGAAGGCAGCACUGUAUCAGAAACUUAUGAGCGCAUACGGCCUAGGUGAAUUGGAGGACGAGCUCGCAUCCCUCUUAGCCCGCCGGAAGACGUUGCACAAGUCCCUUCGAAACCGGUUUCGCAAUGAAGCGUUGAAAGAGUUCCAGGAGGAGAAUAAGAAGAAUCUCAAAGCCUUGAAGACGGGUGCCAAGCGGCCUGUCUUUGGCAAAGGCAGGCAGCCUGAAGGAUUUCGCAACCUGGACACAUCUGCAGCAGACGCUGCAAUCUCAGCUUUGGAACGUGAGCAGGCGCCUAUUAUGCAGCGACAGAAUUUGGAUGAUUACGUGGAUGAGGAGUCAGAUGCAGGCGUGGACGCUGAUGUGCUGGAGGAGGAGCAGGAGUUCACUCGUCAAGAGCCCGAAUGCUGGGAGGACCUUGGCGACGAUGUCACCAUCCGCGUGGACCGUGUAGACGAGGAAGGGGAAGUUGCUCAGCCAGAAGCGAGGUUGCAGUUCUUGAAAGAAUGGAUUGCCAAGGGUGAUUCGGAAAUUCCAACCUCAGGACUGCGCUGUCCUAGGUGCCAGGCCGACCCAACGACCUCAGACGCAGAGAAGACCCGGGUGUAUGCCCUUGCACGCUUGAACAUUCACCUCAAGACGGACUUCCAUUCGCGCGAACAGCAGUUGCGUCGUGCAUGGCGGAUUGACCAAGCUGCAUCUAAUUCACAGCGGACGCCAUGCCCCUGCUGUGGAAUCUUCUUCAACGGCCGUACGGCAUUCUUUAAGCAUCUCCAUGAAGCCCAUCCGGAGGAGUUUUGGGAGGGGGGUGAGGAAGAGAGCGAUGGCAAUGAAAGUGAUGCUGCAGGCGAUGACGGUGGCAAUAGCGACGAUGGCGAUGGCAGUGACGGCGACGGCAACGACAAUGUCAGCAGCGGCAGGCGCACACGCAACAAGGGAAAGGGAAAAGCCCGUCAAGAGUGA